AUGGCGACGACGCGAUGCCACCGCCGUCAGACGUCCGCCGCCGGCUGGGGGACUAUCGUGGACAAGCUUUUUCUCCUCGCGCUUCUUAUGCCCGUUGCUCCUCUGACCACAGCCCGCAGAGCCCCGCCGCCCCUUGAUCUGGACGGCCAAGUGGCCGAGGACAACCCCUCCAUGAUCACCGCCGUUAUGAUCUCCGUCUCCGCCCUCUUACUUAUCGGCAUCCUCACUGUCUUAAUUCGCCAGUUCGUCGUCAUGGACCAGCGUGGCUCCGCCGCCGAGUCAGCUGUGGCUCAACGGGAGGAGGGCUUGCCGGGGCUGAGCCCGGAAAUGAUCGGCAUGUUCCCGACGAUGACUUACGAGGAGGCUAAAGCUGUAAGGGAGGGCUCCGACACACUGGAGUGCGCUGUGUGCAUCAGCGAGUUCGAGGAGGAGGAGGUGAUCCGCCUCCUCCCCGGUUGUUGCCAUGUGUUCCACACGGAAUGCAUCGACGCUUGGCUCGCCGACCACGCCACAUGCCCCGUAUGCCGCGCCGAUCUCGUCGCCGCCGCUGGAGACUUGAUUACCGAGGACCACCAUUCGGCCCCUUCCGUCGCCGCCUCAACUAUCAUUUCGGUUCCCGAUCUGCCCGGCGAUCACGAAACCGUUGUCGAAACCGCCUCUACAUGGUCGGAUCCGGCGGCAGCGCCGGCCGAUUUAGCCAGGACCGAAAGCGAGAAGCAGGACGAAUCGACGCGUCCGACAACGCUGCCGCGUUCUCUCUCCUCAGGGAACUCAAGGGCGCCGUCGGAGCCGACCCCGAGCGUGGAUCGCUACACGCUGCGGCUUCCGGAGCACGUCCGAAGGCAGUUAUUCACCGCUGCGUCUUUCCCCCGCUCCGCCAGUUGCGCCGUCGUCUUUCCGACCGUCGGAACCUCGAGCUCUCAGACGGGGGGGAUCAGCCGGUGGAUGUUGAGCGUGCGGCGAGGUUGGUCGGAACGGUGGUCACCUUCAUUCCUGCUACCGCUGUCGAUGGCGUUUCCUCCGUGGAAAAGGAGUGACAGCGGGGAGUCGUCGGGUAAGAAGAGGGAGGUGGACGGAUCCACGAGGAGAAGGAGGGGGUUACCGUCCGUGAGGGGCUCCUUCGACUGGCUCGUCAACGGGUUCGGUGGAAGGGGAAGCGCCGCCUCGGCCGACGACCGCCCGCGGCCUUAACUAUCGCCGCCCGCGGACCCCAUCUGAUACUUAAACUACGCCAUAUGACGACGUGGCGGACGCUGGACCUUCGACGAAGUGUGUAAUCGACGGCACAAAUGACUCGAUGUAUGCAAAAAUAUUUUACUCGAGGAUGAUGUUAAAUUCUUGUAAUUUAACCUCUUCUUCUUGUACGAAACGGUUGAAAUUCUUGCGCAAUUACGGUAGGAAAUGUGAAUGGAAAUAAG